GAACAAACGAAAUUACGAGAUACAACCACUCUGACUCGUCGCUCGUCGCCUUCACCUAUUAGAACGUGUAUAUUGUAUCUGAGAGUUUAAAACUUUAGUACCUACUGGCACAAACAACGCACAAGUACGAGACCGAGACCGAGCCGAACCGAACCGGGCCGGACUGACAGACAAGCCAACCAUAGAAUCGAAACGAAAUCGAGUUUUUCAGUAUUCAGUUUAUCGCACAGUUUUAGGUCGUCAUCGUCAUCGUCGUCGCCGUAGCCGUAGCCGUAUUUUUGCUGUGUGUCGCGCUGCUGGUCGCUUUUGUAUCUUUAACCAGACCAAAAUCGUAUUAUUGCGAGAAACCAAAUCACAUUCGUUCGAUGGCAACGGUUAAGAUCAGGCGCGCGCUCUUUUUAUAGAUUAUUAUUAUUGUUAUUACUAUUAUUGCCUAUUAUCAUCAUCAUCAACGUCGUAUAGAAUCGUCAUCAUCAUUAUUAUUGUGGCUCUCAUUUUCAUUGCCAAAACCAAAUAAAAAUAAAUAUAAAAAUAAAAAUUAAUAUAACAAUAAUAUAUAUAAAUUAACAUCAAACAAAAGCAAGCAACAAUAAGAACCGCUAACCGCAAUUAUUAUUGUUAUUAUUUGAAAAAAAUAUAUCUAUCUAUCUUUAUAGGUAUACAAAUUUAAUAAAGAUACAUAAAUUAACGGUGAAUAUUUUGAGAUAAUUUAAUUUGUUUAAUAAUUUGUGUUUGUAAAAUUUACAAAAAAUAAUAGUGAUUUUUUUGAAUACUUAUUUUAUUUUUAAAACAAUGAAUUUAAAUAAAUAAGAAUUAUUUAAAAUUAACAGUGAAGUGCGAACAUAGAAGAAAGAGUUUUUAAACCUGUAGCUGACGGUUAUGUGAACAAGUGCAACAAAAAUAAAAGCAUUUAAAGUUUAUGUGAAGUGCAAAAUAUUUUCAACAUUUUUUUUUGAAAAAUUUUAAAUAAAAUAAAAUAUUUUACUCAAUGAAUAAAUAUAUAAAAAUCAAGUGCAAUAUGAUUUUAUUAAAAUAAUAUUAAAUAAAAUAAAUUUAAAAAAAUAAAAACAAAACUGUUUGUUCUCUGCUGCCAAUAAAGAAAAAAUAUCCUUCCAAAAGUGACCAUAAGAAUAAAAACGAAAACAAAAAGGUGUGGUGAAUUGGUUUGUGUCUCGACUUAAACUUUAAACUCCUCGCGAUCAAAAACCAAAUAAAAGAAAAAAAAACCUUAUUAACACAAAAACAAGUGUGAAAAAGAAUUAAAAUUUCUUUUUCUUAAAAAAAUUAAAUUUAUUAUAAAUUUUUCAACCCCAUUAAGUGUUUUUUAAAAAAGCCGCCAAAAUUCUUACCACAAGCAGUAUGAAUUCAUAUUUUGAGCAAUCUGGCUUUUAUGGCCACCCGCAUCAGGCGACGGGCAUGGGUAUGGGCUCAGCGGCCCAUCACGAUCAAACAGCAACAGCGGCAGCAGCCGCAUACAGAGGCUUUCCAUUAUCAUUGGGUAUGUCACCAUAUGCCAAUCAUCAUCUGCAACGUUCCACCCAAGAUUCACCCUACGAUGCCAGUAUAACGGCAGCCUGCAAUAAAAUCUAUGACGGAGCCUACAAACAAGACUGCCUUAAAGGUGUUAAUUCGAUUGGCGAUACAAAUGGCUAUAAGGAUAUAUGGAAUACAAGUGCGAAUGGCGGUGGAGGUGGUGCGGGUGGUGGUGGAGGUGGCGGUGGCAGUGGAUCCGCCGGCAAUGGCAGUGGUGCAGGCAGUGGAGCAGGACAAAAUAGCUCGAUACCAGUGCGACCAUCGGCGUGUACACCAGAUUCAAGAGUUGGCGGCUAUUUAGAUACGUCUGGUGGUAGUCCGGUUAGCCAUCGUGGUGGCGGGUCAGCAGCAAGUGCUGUUGCAGCGGGUAGUGCAUGGAAUGCGAAUUGUACAAUUUCGGGAGCUGCUGCUGCACAAACUGCAGCAAGUAGUUUACAUCAAGCUAGCAAUCACACAUUUUACCCAUGGAUGGCUAUAGCAGGUGAGUCUACAUAUCUACAUAAAAUAAGUUUAUUUUAA